CCCCGGAUCGUCCCGUACUACAGAGACCCCAACAAGCCUUACAAAAAAGUGCUCAGAACUCGCUACAUCCAGACGGAACUGGGAUUCCACGAGAGGCUGUUUGUGGCUGUGCUUACCUCCAAGGCUACCCUGAACACGCUGGCCGUGGCAGUGAACAAGACUGUGGCUCACCACUUCCCGCGGCUGCUGUACUUCUCCGGGCUGCGCGGUGCCAAGGUGCCCCACGGCAUGGUGCUGGUGGCCCACGGCGACGAGCGGCCCAUCUGGCUCAUGUAUGAGACUGUGCACUACAUCCACCAGCACUUCGGCUCCGACUACGACUGGUUCUACAUCAUGCAGGAUGACACCUACGCCCAGGCUGAGCAGGUCAAGGCUCUGGUGACGCACUUAAGCAUUAACCAGGAUGUAUACAUGGGGCGAGCGGAGGAGUUCAUUGGGGGGGAUGACAUCAUUGAUUUCCUUGGCGUCACUUGUGUUUCCCAGCUCCAGGGCCAGCAUUAUCAAACCUAUGAAUUGGCCAAAAACACUGAGCCAGAGAAGGAGGAGGGGGAGGAGUUCCAAGCAGCUCUCGCUGUGCACCCUGUUUCCGACGUGACCCUGAUGUACCGGCUGCACAAGCACUUUAGCAGGAUCCAGCUGGACAGAGCCUACCAGGAGAUCCAGGACCUCCAGAUGCAGAUCAGGAACCUGACAUUGCUGACUCCCGCCGGCGAGGCAGGCUUGACAUGGCCUGUGGGCAUUAAUGCCCCAUUUCUUCCAAAGUCCCGUUUUGAGGUGAUCAGCUGGGACUACUUCACUGAGCAGCACCUCUUCUCCUGUCCUGACGGCUCCCCCAAGUGUGAGCUCUCUGGAGCCAGCAAAGCAGAUGUCAGUGAAAUCAUCGAGUCUGCGCUUGAGCAACUCAAUGGUCGUUACCAACCUCUGCUCCGCUUCAGCAAGCGGCAGCUGCUGAACGGCUAACGCUUGGUGCGGCCCUUAAGUAAGGGGGAAAUUAUUCCCAUGCCGUAUGUGACGGAGGCCACGCGGGUGCAGGUGGUGCUUCCCUUGACAGUGCAGGACCUGGAUUUUGUGGCAAACUUCCUGGAUACGUUUGCUAUGAACACGCUGGACACGCAUGACAACGCUGUGCUGACUUUGCUUUUCAUCUACCAUCCCUACGAUGCCCAGCGAGUCAGUCAGGUGGAUGUUUUUGCUGGAGUCAAAGCCAUGGUAGGAGAGCUGGAGAAACGCUAUGCUGACGUUAAAAUCCCCUGGAUCAGUGUUAAAACGGAGGUGCCCUCACAAGUGAAACUCAUGGAUAUAGUCUCAAAGAAGCACCCUGUGGAUACGCUGUUCUUCUUGGCCAGCGUCUGGACAGAAAUAGUGAACCCCUGCCGCAUGAACACUAUCAGCAACUGGCAGGUCUUCUUCCCAGUGCAUUUCCAGGAGUUCAACCCUGCCCUGGUGUACCGUGGUGAGCAGAGUGCCUCCUCCAGCACGGACUUCCUGAGGGAUGGGCAUUUUGACAGACAUUCCUUUGCCGAGGCCUGCUUUUAUAACUCUGACUAUAUGACGGCACGUACUAAGCUGGCAGCUGAUAUCCUGGACCGAGAUGAGGUGCUGGAGAGCAUGGAGGUGUUCGAUGUCUUCCUCCACUAUUCUGGUCUGCACCUCUUCAGGGCUGUGGAGCCAGGGCUGGUGCAGAAGUACACCCUGAGGAGCUGCAGUCCCCGGCUUAGUGAGGAGUCGUACCACCGCUGUGUGCUUAGUAGCCUGGAAGGACUCGCGUCCCGCUCACAUUUAGCCAUGGCCCUCUUUGAGCAAGAACAGGCCAACAGCACUUGAGAGACGAGAAACAUCAAGAGCUUCUCAGCACCUUAACACUUGGCACUUUCCAUCCCCUCCCCAGCCCUGCCAUGGGUGAAGGGCGUGUGAGGUCAAGGCGGGAGGAUGACUUUCCCAGCCCUGCUCUGAGGCACAGGCUGUGGAGAGAGGCUGUUUCUGUGGGGGGUUUUGUUUGGUUUUUUUAAAUAAAUAAAAGUUUCUUUCCA